AUGGCGCCAAAACCAGUCUACGGCCCUCGCGCAACUCCGCUGAUUGUGGAACCGGAUCAACUGGAACUUAAGGCUGGCGCAUCGGGUCGCGCGGUGAAGUUACAGGGCAACAUGGCUGAGAGUCGACGCGGACAGGCGAGAGAAGAGUACGAGCCGGAGUUGGCAGCAUCGCACCAGCGCUGGGUGGAUCUCGGUGAAGAAGUCGUCGAUGCAAUGACGGACAAAUUCGUCGGUGAGGCUUUCGACCGUCCAAAGACGCUGCCCAUGUGCGUGAAGCGACUGCGUUUGCACAUUUCUGACUCCUCCUAUGGACGAUUCGGCUCACACAAAGAUAGAUUGGAACCACGCGCAAGGUGA